AACAGAGGAAAGAAAGCCAAGAGCCAUUUUCUAGUGUCUGUGGCUGGUUACUUCCUGUCAUCUUCACUUCCUAAAUCCUUCUCCACUAUAAUAAAAGCAGAAGUGCAUUUCGUCUCUGAGUUUGGCUUCAACUAUGUCUAAAAUGUUCCUGUCAGUGCCACUGGUGUUAUUAAUCCUCACAGGUGUGAGUGAAUGUCACUUUCAGCAGAAGCUGAAAUGCCCCUACACCGCAGAGCAGAAGCGUCAGCCCAGGAUCUGGUGUAAGCGGGACGAUGCUAACCAUGAGUGCUGUUCAGGCUUUGCCUUCCAAGCUGGGGACAGCCAGCUACUGGGUGGCAGCCUGACCGUGCAGGACGACGGCCAGGCCUUCGUGGUGUCCGUCAACAGCCUGUCCCAGGGAGACGGGGUGUACUGGUGCGGCCUGAAGAACAGCUCCAAUGUCAUCGUCAAACUGGCCGAGAGUCAACUCUACUCCACUCCUCCGGGUUUUGUAUGGGGCAUCCUUCGCUGGAUUGUGUUUCUGCUGUUGCUGCUGGCAGUAAUUUCAACAUGCAUUUAUUCCAACAGGAAAACCAGAAGUGAGAAGAAGAGAAACGCAGUGUAUGAAAGCGUUUUGGAAGAAAAACAGCGCUGAAGAGAGGAAGAACUGGCUUUGUGGACACAGAUGAAGCUGAGCCCUCGUCUACACAGGAUUUCCAGGGGAGGAUCAAACAGAAUUAUUUCAGUACUACAGUACUAGGCUUCAUCUGUUUCAUCUGCUGCACAGUAUCACACAAGUACAGUCCUGUGAUAAAGUCUUGGGCAAAUUAUUUCUCCUGAAUGCUGCCAGCCACCGCAUUGACUUGUUCUAAUUUAUCAGCAGCACAUUUGAUUUAAUUUAAUAAAGUACUGAUUAUCCAAACCAGGUAUUGGAUUAUAACUAUGCAAGGUAUGAAAAUGGUUAAAUGAACGCACUGAUAAAUACAGCAAAUACAUUUUCUGUGGUGCCUAAAACUUUCUCAGAGCACUGUAUAUAUAAAACUACUCUUCACAAGUUUGGAAUCACUUUGCAUAUUAAGAAUGUGUGUUGGGCAACAGUGAUAAGUUAAAUAAGGAUAAAAUACUGAAAACAUCCAUUUGUAGCAUUUGUUGUCCUACAAAUAUCUGCCUUGAAAUACAUUUUCACCUUUGAAAUAAAAGGUAUAUUUUUGGGGGCAACACGUCACAGAGACAUAUACAAAGUUUUCUUGAGAUAACACGUUAAUUAUCUUGUAAUCUCAAGACAACAAUCCAGAAAAUUAUAGCAACAGCUCAUGGCCUCUCCGGACUUUCAUAUUAUACUGCUCUUGUAAUGCUCUUAUUAAGCCUUAAAAAGCCAAUAGCUAGUAAUUAACUGCUUAUUACUUCAUUAUUAAUGAGUAACUAGCAUAAACCAGAAGGGAAAAGUUUGUGAACGAACUUUAAUUUGGUUGCUGUGAUAUUCUGUGUGGUUGCCAUGGUGUCGCUAGGCCGUAGUUUUGGUACAACAGGUUGUUGCUAAUGUGUUGCCAGACCAUUGCUAUGGCAUCCCUGGUGGUUGCUAAAGCGUCUCUAGGACAUUGCUGUGGUAUGCAUAGUGGUUGCUCAGGUGUCAGUAGGUCAUUGCUAUGGUAUCCCUGCCCUGGUGGUUGCUAAGGUGUUGCUAGGUCAUUGCUAUGGUAUUCCUGCCCUGGUGGUUGCUAAGGUGUUGCUAGGCAGUUGCUAUGGUAUCCCUGCCCUGGUAGUUGCUAAGGUCUUGCUAGGUCAUUGCUAUGGUAUUCCUGCCCUGGUGGUCGCUAAGGUGUUGCUAGGUAGUUGCUAUGGUAUCCCAGGUGGUUAUUGUUAAAGUGUUGCUAGGCUGUUGCUAUUUUAUAUAUACAUAUAAAAAUAUUACGCAUCAUAAUUUUCCAGUCCCUUAUACUGCCCUUAUUAAGCCUUAUUAAACUGAUAGCUGUUAAUGUAUCAAGCCAAUAGCUACUAAUUAACUGGCUGCCCAAUACAACAUUAUUAAGGAGUAAAUAGGGUGAAUUAAGUACUUUCCAGAGCUCCUGUAAUCCUCAUAUGAAGUCUUAUUCUUAUUAAGCUACUUUUAGACAGCUUAGACAGUCCAGCUUAGUGCCCACGUUUAAGAAACAUUUGAAAAGGUAUCUCUUUAACUAGCCUUUAAUUAAAAUUCCACGUCUCUUUUGGUAUUUACCCUUUUAAUUUGAUCUGUGUCAUCGUCUUACAUGAUUUUAUAUUAAUACUCAUAGUUUCAUCUAUCACUGUUCAGCUUUAUCACCUGUCUGCAAAUGACUUUGAGUAUGAAGAGAGCCCCAUUAAUAAAAAUAUUAGUAUUCUGACCAAGUCCAGGAGUGGAUGAGACAAAAUCAGGAGCAAGGGAAAAAUAAAGGUUUCGAAAUUGCUUUAUAGUUCAGUUCACAUUAUUAUUAAAUUAAUAGUCUAUCAACCUGUUCAGCUGUGCAUUCUGACUUUUAGAAGCUAAUGAUAGCUAAGUACUACUGGCUUGAUAAGGCUUCUCAAGGCCUAUAUAAGCUUUUCAAGGGUUCUGGAAAAUGUUUAAUUCACUGUAGUUACAGCUUAAUAAUGUAGUAAUAAGCAGAUAGUUAAGGAUCAAGUACUGGUUAUAAGUGCCUUAACAAACCAGCUUUAUAUGUUACAUUUAUAUUAUAUUAUAUAUAUUGUCUCCCUAUACUGACCCUUUUUAAAACCUUCCUACUAAUAAUUUGUAAUUAUGCAUGUUUAUGAAGCUGUAC